CCACAUUGUCAGAGGUUGCUAAUAGUUGAGUACAACGAAAUUAUGAAGUAUACCAUUCUUGCCUUUGCCGUGUGCCUGCUUUGCGUAAAUGCAUUGGUAGUGCCCUAUCCCAGGGAGGACUCCUCGCCGGACCUGAUCGACUUGACCGAUGGCGAUGUGGCUGUGGAGGACUUCUUCUUUCUAAAUAAAAUCUACAAAGCCUUAAAGAUCGCUUUGCGCAGCAUCAAGGGACUCAAUUGCGUCCUCAAGUGGGUGGCGGGCAUCGAGGAUAGUGCCAAAUUGUUCAACAGGAAUGUGCUCCUUUGUGGCGCCACCGCCAGCAAGGAGGUGACCAAUCUGAUUAACGCCAAUUUGAAUAUUAUUAGCACCUGCAACGACAUCAUCAAUCUAAAGACGAACGUUUGCGUCCUGGCCGAGGGCGAGGAGCCCAAGAUCACCAAUAGCUGCUUCGUGAAUACCCUUCGCAAGGUGUGGUCACUGAAGAAGCAAAUCGACAAGGCCGUCAAACUGGCCAAGAAGAUCCCUCAAACCGGACCGAAGGCUGCUGUCUGUGUCAACGAUGCCGUCAACACCCUGACCACCUACUACACCGCCUUCCCCCAGAACAUGAUCACCUGCUCCCAGCUCACCUCUUAAAGGGUUCGAUUCGCACUCCCACAACCGCUUCAAGCAUGCAAUAAAAAAUCUGUGAUCAACACAA